UCUAGAACAUUCGACCGCGUGGUGUCGCUCCGGUGUCCUGCGUCUAAGCUAGGGAAAACAAGUAAGUUCGAGAGGACUGUUUGUUACCCGAAGUGACUUUGAAACUAGCCGAUCAUCGCUGGCAGUGUUCGUACGGUUGCUGUAAUGAAAUCAUUGCUAAAAAUUCACUGAAAGCCGCGGACAGCGACUUCGACAAAUGCAAAUAUAUUGUCCCUCUGCACUUGUAUAUCAUCUAGCUGUUAUUUACGUUGUCUGUUAGCAAAAUUAUCUAAUGCGUACUAUAAAAUAUAAAAGACUUGGCCAGUUUUCAUGUCGGCUCCUACGUGCAUAAGCGAGUCGUAUGCGAGGAAGAACCUGUGGAAGAAGCUCUGUCAUGUCAAGUUUUCGAGUGCACAAUUAAGGUAUCUUGCCAAAUUUUAGUGGGACGGACUGAAUCCAGAAUGCUAAUAGGAAUAGAAAUGAUCCGUCUAGUGUUUAAGAGAGAAGUGUUACACGUUUCUUCACGAAGUAUGCCCUCGACUGUUUGUCGUUAGUCUGCAAGGUACACGAUUGCCGUGUCCGUCCUAGCUGUACGUAAAAAGUUGUCUGGACAAUUCAGCUUGGUCGUCUUUCCGGAAUAAGUAAAGGUCUUUAAUCUGCUUUAAACAGACUGGAUGACAGCGUUAACUGAGUGGCCGCUAAAGGCCGCCGACGGGCCUCGAGCGAGUGGCUCUUCUCGAAAUUUCGCCGCCACCACAGGUAAAGGUAUCCGUGUAACCGGCGCCGAUCACAUUUACCACGACGACGACGACGACGACGGCGACGACGACGACGACGACGGCGGCGACGGCGACGACGACGACGACGACGACGACGACGACGGCGGCGACGACGACGACGACAACGACGACACAAUGUCACGUGAUGGCGAAGCCGGCAUAAAGUCAGGAGCGGUCGAAUUUGAAAGGGGUCGUAUUAAGCAGCUUCAGGAGGAACGAUUACACAUCCAGAAGAAAACCUUCACAAAAUGGAUGAAUUCGUACCUAGCCAGGGCCCGCAUGGAGGUGGACGACCUAUUCACAGAUCUGUCCGAUGGACGUAAACUCCUCAAGUUGCUUGAAAUUAUUUCGGGUGAACGUCUCGGCAAACCAAAUAACGGAAAAAUGCGUGUCCACAAAAUUGAGAACGUCAAUAAGGCGCUUACGUUUCUUCAUACGAAGGUCCGUCUAGAGUCGAUCGGAGCGGAAGAUAUCGUUGAUGGAAACCGUCGCCUCAUUCUGGGCCUUAUUUGGACUAUCAUUUUGAGAUUCGUCAUUCAUGACAUCACUGAACCCAUUGAGGAUGAGGAAUUUAAGGAGGAUUCGGAAAAAAAGUCGGCCAAGGAGGCCCUACUUCUCUGGUGUCAGCGCAAGACCCGUGGCUAUCCUGGGGUGCAUAUCGCCGACUUCAGCGCUUCGUGGCGCAACGGACUUGGGUUCAAUGCUCUUAUUCAUUCCCAUCGACCAGACCUAGUUCGCUUCGAAGAACUGCAGCCACAGAACCACAUCGAAAACCUUAAUCAAGCCUUUGAGGUUGCGCAUAGAGAACUGGGUGUGCCAAAACUGCUGGAUGCCGAAGAUGUCGAUGUGACAAAACCGGAUGAGAAGUCUGUCCUUACCUAUGUGGCUUCUUAUUACCACACGUUCUUUCGCAUGAAAGAGGAACUUACCGGAGGACGUAGAAUCGCAAACAUUGUAGGGCGCAUGAUGGAGAUCGACAAGCAGAAGAUAACUUACGAACGAAUGAUGUCCGACCUUCUUAUGUGGAUUAAUGGAAAAAUUAAGCAACUGAAUGCCAGAAGCUAUCCGAAUUCGCUCGAGGGCAUCCAAAAGGAGCUAAGUACGUUCAAAAAGUAUCGUACUGUCGAAAAACCGCCGCGAUACACGGAACGUGCUGAAAUAGAGGCACAGCUUUUUGCCAUACAGACGAAGCUUAAAGCACUCGGUCAACCCGCCUAUGUUCCGGCCGAAGGAUGUCAUCCCAGUGACCUGGAGAAAGCGUGGAAUGAGCUCGAACAGGCUGAGCAUGGCAGAGAAGUAUCUCUGAAGGAUGAACUUUUGCGCCAGGAAAGACUCCAGACAAUGGCACAUCGUUUCUUGAGGAAGGCCCAGAUACGUGAGAGCUAUUUGGAUGACAUGAUCGCGGUUCUGAACGAUCCCCGCUAUGGGUCGUAUGCCCAGCAGACAGUGGAUGCGACUCUGAUGAAACACGAGGCUAUCGGAGCGGACGUUCUAGCUAUAAAAGACAGAUUCGAAAAUUUGAGCGAGAUGAGCGAUAAUCUGGUUGAGGAAAAGUAUCACAAAGCCAACGAUAUCAAACUAAGGCACGAUGAAAUCAUCAAUAAGUACAACACGGUGCUUGGUCUUCUCGACAAGCAUAGGAAAGCACUUCAUUUAUAUGCUCUUCUUGCGGCUACUCUCCGUGAUAUCGCUAGUCUCCGGGAAGAUCUUCGUGAAUUUGCUGCGCAGUUUAGCUCGACAGAGUGUGGCCGUCAUCUGAUGGACAAUGAAGAUCUUGUUCAGAAGCAUUCAAUUGCCACCUCACAGCUAAGGUCUCACAAAGAUACCAUUGCAAGACUGGCUAACCAGAUCAACCAACUACAUAAAGAUGGACACGGAGACAAGACGACCAUGAAAUCAGAGCAGAAGGCUCUCGAGAGUGAGUUUGAAAAAGCUCAGACGUUAGCCGCGGUUCGUAUGGAUAAACUGCAUGCUGCUCGCGAUUUGUUCCGUUUCGUGACCGAAUUGGAGGAACUUGAACGAGAAGUGCUCGACAAGCAAAGGGCAUGCCAAAGUUUCAAGCCCGGUAGAGACAUGGUAUCGCUAGUUGCUGCACAGCAAAAACAUAAGGCGCUUGAAGGGGAAAUACGUGCUGCACACAAGAGGUUCCAGGGGAUUUGCGCCAGGGGAACAGAACUCGCAUUGAAAAUCGGCGGAACACAAACGGCUCCGAUCGCCAAGCAACUCAAGGACAUUGAAAAACACUUUGAGAUUCUUAAUAAGCUCUGCGAGGAGAAGCGGGGCAAACUCGACGACGCGUAUGAGGGUUUCCGUUAUCUAGGCGAUGCUAAUGAGGCCGAGAGCUAUUUGCGCGAAGUUCUGCCCCUUCUCGCGUCUGAAGACAGAGGCAACUCGGUCCUCUCUGCUCAGUCUCUACUUAAAAGGCACCAAACGUUAAGCGGCGAAAUUCGUGCGUAUAAACCUGAAAUUCAAAAACUGCGCGACCUCGUGGACAAAAUGGUUAAGUCAGGAGUCGCACAGAAUUUGGUGGAAAAAGUCGAGGAUGACAUCGAAGUUGUAGAGGAGAUCGUUCAGGAAGUCAUCACGGUCGAGAAGAUCGAGGAACGUAAAGAGAAGCGUGAAGAACCACAGGUGAAGAUGAUGUAUGCGUACGAGGGACAAGGCAUGCAGGUCGCCAAAGGAGAGGAGCUGACUCUGCUGAAUAAAACUAAUCAGGACUGGUGGAGUAUUCGCCGAGCCAAUAACCAUACAGGUUUUGUGCCCGCUAACUACGUUGUUGAGAUAGCGCCGAAAGUCGUAGAGAGAAUUGUUCGCAAAAUGGUACCGGUCCAAGAAACUCGUUCCGUUAAGCGACCAGUCAAGAAACUCCGUCCGCGUGCAUCAACAGAUUUAGGCGUGGAAUCGAGGCAGAAAAAUAUUGAAAACAUGUACGAACACAUAGUCGACCUAGCCGCGAAACGGGAGGAGUUAUUAAAUGAUGCGAUUAACAUCCUUGACUUCUUCGACAAGUGUGACGAUUUCGAAAAUUGGAUGAAACAAAAAGUGCAGUGCAUCCAAACGGAAGAUCCCAACGAUACCGUUAACGAUAAGAAGAAGAAAUUUGGGAGUUUCGUUACGGACAUUUCGGCAUCGAAGGCGCGCCUCAACGAGAUCGAGGAUCUAGAGAAAACGUUCGUCCAGCAACGACACCCACAACUUGCUGAUAUUCGGCGCAGAAGCAAGCGGGUCAAGGAUAUGUUUAACGAAAUGAACAAUAUUAAGUCUCGUCUUGAGAAAUCGCUUGACGGAGCAUCGUCAGUUGAGGUAUUUUAUCGCACCGUCGAAGAGGCUAAGGAUUGGAUGAGUGAGAAGAUUGAAAAGAUCGACACGGAGCUUCCUCUAGGAUCUGAUAUGAAGACGGUCCAAGCUCUACAACGACGGCACGAAAAUCUCGAACGCGAGUUGCUUCCAAUUAAAACUAAGGUGAACACAGUCAUUCACAUGGCUGACUCGGUCGCCGGGCAACAUCCGAAUGAACGAAAGACCGCUGAAGCCAAAAAGCAGGAAGUGGUCGCUAUGUGGCAAGAUGUUUGUACAGCGGCACAACAACGACGUGCCAAUCUUGAAAACACACUCGGUUCACAGGUGCUGAAAAACUCUGCCAGCGAGCUACUGAACUGGCUGGCUAGCGUAAAAGGACAGCUAAACAGCUAUGAGCCUGCGUUGGAUGUAAGCACCGCAGAGGACCUUCUCAAACAGCACGAAGAUCUCCUGCCUGAUAUCCAAGCUCAUGAGCCUGGCUAUAGGGAUCUCGACGAUCUUGGCAAGAAGCUUGUUGCGACGAAUCCCGAUGUCGCCCCCCUACUCCGAAGACUGAAAGAAGAGCAAGACGCUAUUAAGAGGGGAUAUUUUGAAAAGCUCUCGCACUUGAAGCAAUCGCUCGAUCUACAAAUAUUUAUGAAGGAAGCGAAUUCGAUCGACUCGAUUACAGCCUCACAUAUGAAUGUGCUGAAGCGUACAGGAUUCGGUCAGACGCUUGAUGAGGUGGAGAACUUGUUAAAGCGGCACGACAAUCUCGUCAGUACGCUAAUCAAACAAGAUGAGAAGGUUCGCGAAUUUAAAGACAUCGCUGACAAGUUGGCUGAAGCUAAACAUUAUGAGACCGCCAAGAUCCUCGAAACCCGCGAUGCGGUCGUAGGGAGACGCAAGAGCUGUAAAGAUGAAGCUUAUGCCGUUCGCCAAAAGCUUCUCGAUUCGCACGCUUUCCAAAAAUUCAAAGCGGACGCCGACGACACGUUGAACUGGAUUGUAGCAAAAAAGAAGAUGGCUAGUGAUGAGAGCUACCGUGACUUAGGCAAUUUACAACGCAAGCUCAAGAAGCACGAGGCGUUCCAGGCUGAACUUCGUGCCAAUGAGGAACGAGUUGCCUCCGUCAACAAGGCGGGCAAGGAACUCAUUCAUCACAAACACUUCAAAUCAGAUGACAUCGAAAUGCUUCUAGACAGUCUUAAUCAGGAAUGGGCUGCGGUUCAGAAGUUGAGUGACGACAAGGGCGACAAGCUGAAGCAAGCUGAUCGACAAAAGCAUUACUACAAAUUUCUGGACGAUGCUCAGGGUCGACUUGAUGAUAUUGAGAGGAGGCUACAGGCAACCGAUAUUGGUUACGACUUACGUAGCGCCAAGGACCUUUUAGCAAAACAACAAGCUAUCGAAAACGACAUGGCCUCGGCUGAAGCAAAGAUUGCUGAUCUUGCUAGCCAUGGAGGUCAGCUGGCGAAGGACGGCCAUUUCGAUGGGCUCAAUAUUGAAACUGCGGCUCGCCGUGUUCAAGAUAAGCUACAAGCACUGAAAUCACCCGCCGAAGAGCGUCGCAAAUAUCUGAACGAUUCGGUGCAGCUUCAUCAGUGUAAAUUCGAUCUCGAUAGCGAGGAAAAGUGGAUAGAGGAACAUACCCCGCCACAGAACACGAAGGCCGAACAGAGUGCAUCACUGACGGAUGCGCAGAAUGCUAUGAAGAAACAUGAGAAGUUAUCUCGUGAAGUGCAAGCACACCAGCCUCUCCUUGAGAAAUUCCUGCAAACGUCAAAAGCCAUUGAGACUAACCAGGGCCGAGGAGACAGUCCGAUUACCCGAGCCGCAGUCAAAAAAGAUCAUGAGGUCGAUGCACAGCCAAGAGCAAACUGGAAGGAUCUUCUCCAGCAAUUGUCUAAAGAUGUGGGCCAUAAAAGGACGGCGGUCGAGAAUGCGUGGGAGCGUCUUCAAAGGGAGCUAAAGAAGAGGCGGGCGGUACUCGAAUCUUCGGUCAGAGCACAGCAGUUCUACACGGAUAUAAACGAGAUCGAACAGUGGAUUAACGAGAAGACAAAUUACCUCAUUUCGCCAGAUUUUGGUCGAGACGAGGAUAGCGCAAUCAAGUUGCUCACGAAGCACAAGGCGUUUGAACUCGAGCUAGACAGCUACUCUGGUCUUGUGAACGAAAUGGGCAACGUUGCGCAGAAGAUGAUCGACCAGCAGCACCCUGAAGCUAAGACAAUUUCCAAUAAGAACGCAACUCUUAAGCAGCAGAUCAAGAAUUUGCACAAGCUUUCCGCUCUUCGUCGGCAGAAACUUCUCGAGUCAAAACAACAUCAUGAAUUUAUUCGUGAACAUCAGGAAAUCCUCGAUUGGAUCAAGGAUAAGAUGACCAUAGCCUCUGUCGAGGACUAUGGACCAGACUAUGAACAUCUACUUGAGCUGCAAGCCAAAUUUGACCAGUUCGUCAUCUCAGUUCAGGCCGGAGAGGAACGAUACGUGCAGGCGCUUGUGUUGGCCAAAAAAAUUACUGAAAAUAAUGCUUCGAACGCUGUAAAAGCCGAAGAGUUAACAGAAGAGUUGCAAGAAAAGUGGGAAGACCUUCAAGAUGCAAUUGAAAUCAGAAAAGAUAAACUACAAGGAGCCGGCGAAAUCCACCGUUUCAAUAGAGACGUUGCCGAGGCUUUGGGGCGUAUCCAGGAGAAGUUCGCUUCUAUUCCCGAAGAUAUUGGCCGUGACCUAAAAGCCGUCCAGGAACUUCAGCGAAAGCACGAGAGCUUUGAAAACACGCUACUUGGUCUUGAAGGACACCUGCAAACGUUAGUUGACGAUGCCAACCGACUUCAACGGGAGUAUCAGGGCGGAAAUGCUACGCAUAUCAAGGAAAAACAACAGCGCGUCGUGGAUGAAUGGAAUAAGCUUAAGGACAUUGUCACUAAGAGGAAGUAUACACUAAAUGAUAGUCUACGAUUGCAGAAGUUCCUGACCGCUUGCCGAGACUUUGAGAAUUGGGCUAAUCAGCUAUGCGUAUCUUUGGCGGCUCGAGAAAACCCUCGAAGCUAUGAGCACGUUGAGGCACUGAAGAGCGAGCAUCAGAACAUUCGUGCCGAAAUCCAAACUCGCGAUGACAAUUUCGUUGUUCUCGUCAACCAUGGUAUGAAGAUGAAGGAAACUAAUCACUACGCGUCUGAUGAGAUCGACCGACGUGUACAGUCGCUUGAGAAGACUCAUGAGAAGCUUUAUCAGCUUUUCGAUCAGAGAACCUCUUUCCUUAAGCAACUGCUAGAUCGUUGCUUCUUCCUUCGAGAAGUUAAACAGAUUGACACCAUGUGUGCUCAGCAAGAAGCCCAGCUGGCAAGUAACGAAGCAGGUUCGUCUGUUGAUGAGGUGAAGCACGCCCUGAAGAAACACGAAGCUUUUGAGAAGGUUUUGCAGAGCCAGGAAGAUAAAAUCAUUACCAUGAAAGAUCAUGCUGAAGCUCUCAUCAAGCAAAACCACUUCGACAGCGCUCUUAUAAGUCAAAAGCUAAGUGAGGUUUUGGCUAGGCGAGAAAAGGUUGUCGACGCUACAAACCUCAAGAGAAGGGAGCUACUUAGAUUGCUUCACCUUGCCGAAUUCCUUUUUGAUGCUGAGGAAGCUCAGUCUUGGAUUGAGCUACGUAAGAAGAAAUUGGACAGCGAAAUUGAGGCAAGUCAUGGGAAGGUUACGCUAGAAGAAAAGAUGAAGCAAUUGCAGAAACAUCAGACAUUUGAAGCCGAGCUCUCCGCCAAUCGAUGUAGUAUCGAGGAACUCCAGCGCAAGGGCCAGGAGUUGAUGCAGCAGGGACACCGUGAUGAGGUCGCUCAACCGUUGGACAAGCUACUUAAGUCAUGGCAGCAACUCAUAAAACUUCUCAAGGAACGUGGUAUCGGUUUGGAGGAGGCCCAGGAUAUACUUGAAUUUAACAAUCAGUGCAACCAGGUAGAGUCUUGGAUUCGUGAAAAAGGUCUCAUGAUUCAAGCAGGAGACACUGGUGUAGAUUUCGAGCAUUGCACCACCUUAGAACGCAAGUUAGAUGAUGUGGGUUCUGACAUGAGGGUGGACGAAUCACGUAUUCAGAAGAUCAAUGGACUCGCAGAUAAACUUAUAGCUAGUGGCCACAGCGGAAAAGAAGCUACACAAGAAAUCGAAAGAAGACGGCGAGAGAUCAACGACAACUGGAGAAAGCUUCAAGGAGCACUUGAAGAUUAUCGACUCAAGCUCAAAUCUGCGAUGAAGGUUCAUUCGUACGUUAGAGACCUCUCAGAUACAAUGGAUAGAAUCAAGGAAAAGAGCGGUCUCCUGCGGGCCGAGGAAAAUCCAACAAGCCUUGCGGUUGUGGAGUCUUUACAGAGGAAACAAGAUGCUAUCGAGCGCGAAAUUGAGGAAACUAUCUCAAAGAAGCUAAAACACCACGAACAGCAAAUGGAGGCUCUGAUUAAAGCUCAGGCUGUUCCCUGUAAUACACAAGUUCAGCCAAAAAUGGAUGAGGUUCGGUCACAUUGGAACGAACUACGUGGUCUAACUGAAGAAAAACGUAUUCGUUUGAAAGAUGUUUACGAUGUACAUAAAUUCCUUAACGACGCUAAGUCACUAAUUAAGUGGUACGAUGAAAUGAGAUCCGAUCUUCAAGCUCAGGAGCAGCCACAGAACUCAGCUGAGGCUGAACAGCUCGUUUCGAUUCAUGACGAGCGAAAAGCGCAUAUGAAUUCCAAGAAAGAAGUGGCUCAAAAAAUUUUAGCCGAUGGAGAAAAACUUCUGGAACAAGCGAAAGCGGACGACUUCCAGAGAUCCAAGACACUCGACGCUCAGAUCGACCAGGCAAUUCAGUCCAUUUUAUCAACUUUGAAUGACUUAGAUGGAUGUUGGGAGGAACGCAGUUUAGCGCUUAACGAAAACAAGCAGCUGCUUCUUUUUAAGGAACGGGUAUCUCACACCGAAUCAUGGUUGCUCACCUGUGAAGGCUUCCUUAACAAUGAGGACAUCGGCGAUUCCAUGACCAGCGUACGUGCAUUGCUUGGUAAACACGCUAAUUUUGUUAAUACUCUCCAGGCCCAAGGAGACCGCGUUGACCAACUGGGCGUCUUUGUUGAUCAGCUCAUUGAAUCGGGCCACCAUGAUAAAGAUUCCAUCGAGACCACGUACGGGCAGCUAGUCAAGCGGAGGGACCGUAUGAGACAACGACUUGCUGAAAGGGCAAAACAGCUACAAUCUUCGCAGAUCCUGCAGGUGUUUUUGAGGAACGUUUAUGAGCUGGAGUUUUGGAUUAACGAAAAGAUGCAAGUCGCGCUUGAUGAAAACUACCGCGACUUUACCAAUCUGCUAUCAAAGAUCAAGAAACACACGGCAUUUGAAGCCGAGGUGAUCGCGAAUCAACGUCGCUUAGACAAUGUCAUGGAAGAGGGUGAGCAAAUAGUUACCACUCAAAACUUCGCCGCGACUCAAGUUAAAGCACACGUUGAUCGAAUCCAGGAACUGUGGCAGGAAUUACUCAAGGAGGUCUCGGUAAAGAAGGCCCGCCUCAACGACUCAUACCAGUGUCUGCUAUUCAACUGGAUCGUCGAAGAUUGCGCUAACUUCAUUCACGAAGUAGAAAUACAGCUAAACUCAGAGGAUCAUGGUAGAGAUUUGACUUCUGUAGAAAUUUUGCUCAAGAAGCAUUCACAGCUCGAGACACAAGUGAACAAUUACUCAGACAACAUUGAACGCGUCAAGCAGCAACGUGAUACACUAGUCAAGAAUGACAGUUACUUGGCGGAGGAGAUUGAGGAACGAACGAAGGCCAUUGUGAAAAAGUACGAUGAACUAACUGAGCCAAUCCAGACACGCCGUGAAAACCUCGAGGAGUCACUCAUUCUUCACCAGUUUAUCGACGACGUCGAAGAAGAGCUGGCAUGGAUACAACUUCGUCUGAGUAUUGCCACUAGCAACGAUCUGGGAGAGAACCUGAAUGCGGUACAGGCGUUGCUGAAAAAACACAAGAACUUGGAAAACGAGCUGCAAACCCACGAGUCCGUUGUACGCAGCGUGUGCGAAAAGGGAGAACAGCUUGUACAAAGCAAACAUCUGAACGCGGAGUUGAUUGCUGGAAAGAUCGAUCAAUUGCGCAGUGCAUGGGCUGCCCUGCGUGAGGCCUGCUCAGUGCGACGCGUAAGGCUUGAGGAUAGCGCCGCUGGACAGGCUUUGCUUGCAGACGCCGCUGAGGUCGAAGGAUGGAUUAAGGAAAGACUAACAGCAUUGGCGAGCUGUGAUCAACUCAAGGAUGAGAAUUCAUGCUCGAAGGCCGAGAAAAAGGUUGAUAUGGUGCUUCGCGACACCGAGAACUUUAAGCAACACGUCGUUCGACUGCAGGAGCUCGCCGAAAUGCUUAUCAAUGCAAAUCAUUUUGAUUCGGCUAAUAUCCGUGACCGCGUCACCAAUGCUGAGCAACUCUGGAAGACUCUCCUCGAAGACAUUAAGGGGAAACAAAUAAAGCUCGGUGCCAGCUAUAAAUAUUUUGUCUUCCUGCGCCAGGUCGAUGAUACCAUCGAAUGGAUGAAUCAACAAAUGCUUAUUGCGUCGUCGGAUGACUAUGGAAAUGAUGCCGAACGGGUGGAUAUGCUUGCGGAAAAGUUUGAUGCUUUCAUGAAAGGACUCGGUUCUACUGAAGAACGUGUCCUUCGUAUCGUUGAGACGGCACACAAACUUAAAAACCAGAGCCACAAAGAUUCCCAAGCGAUUGAGCGAAACUCUGACCGAGUUAGCAAACUCUAUAGAGAACUCAAGGAAUGUGCCGAUCAACGAAAGGAUGCCCUGAUAGGAGCCAAGCAAGUACACACCUUCGGCAAGAACGCAGAUGAACUCAUCGAUUGGAUGAUAGAGAAAGAUGCUGUCAUAAACACCGAUGAAUGCGGCCACGACCUCGAGACCAUACAGCGUAAUGCUCGCCUACACGAAGGCUUUGAACGUGAAAUGCAUGCGAUACGAAAACAAGUCGAACAAACGUUGCUUGAAGGCAAACAGCUCUGGGAUACUUUUCCCGAUGCCCGAGACCACUUGCAAGAGAAGCGCGAUGAAGUGCAGAGCAUUUUCGAACGGGUUCAGGAGCACUGUCACGAACGGAAGGAGCGACUCGCGCAGGCGGAGCAGGGCCAAACGUACUUCGACGAAUACAGCCAGCUCAUAGCUUGGACAAAUGAAAUGUUGGCCAUCAUCACGGCGGAUGAUCUGCCGUCCGAUGUGGCGAGCUCUGAGGCACUGCUGAUUCGCCACCACGCUAACAGGAAGUCAAUCGACGCUAAAAAGCCUGCAUUUGAGCGCUUUGAGCAGGACGGUCAAAAACUAAUAACAAGUGGUCACUUCAUGUCUGAAGAGGUGCGCGAACGUAUGAUACGGCUCGACAACUUCCGAGCUAUCCUCGAAGAGACUUGGGACCGCCGAAAGCACGUGUAUGAUCAAAACCUUGACGUGAGAAAGUUUAUGCGCGACGCUGAUCAGCUUGACGCUUGGCUGACAAGCCGAGAGGCAGCUUUGACUGAUUCAAACGUAGGAGACUCCUUGGAAGCCGUCGAGGAUCUCAUUAAAAAGCAUGAGGAUCUUACUAAAGUUAUACUAUCACAAGAGGAAAAAUUCAAGAUCCUACAGAGACAGACCCUACUUGAAAAGGACUUUGCUGAGCUUAAGAAACGGGAAGAACAAGACCGACAGACUCAACAGCAAAUGCGUGAGAAAGAUAGACUCGAUCAGCUUCGACAGGUGGAGCAACGUCGCGUUUUACACCACCGUUGCAGGGACUACCUUUCGCCGACCGACGAUGAACGCGGUAUUGGCCGCUCUGGUCUCAGCAGAACCUCGUCGCAGCGAAGUAUGGAAAGUGAAAGCAGAAUUGGCCUGCGUCGUGUCGAAAGCAUGAGGCCCUCGACAGACGCAAAGAACUAUAGCGUAGUCCGUCGCGCGCCAAGUUUUAUUACGCGUCGCCGAACCUCAACCAUCUCACAGCGCACUGCCGAACUGCCUCCUAGUGAUAUCGAAGGGUUAUUAGAUCGUAAACACGAACUGCAGAUCGGUGGCAAGCGCGCCCCCGUACGCAGCUGGAAAACGCACUACACUGUCCUAUGUGGACAUAUGCUGGCUUUCUUUAAGGACCAAGAGGCGUUAAGGCUGAAGGAUACCAACAUUCCUCCUAUUAACUUGGGCAACGCACAUGUUAUCAAGGCAACGGAUUACACGAAGCGCAAGCACGUCUUCCGUCUGACGCUGUCGGAUGGUUCGGAGUUCCUGUUCAGUGCACAAAGCGAUGAAAAACUAACGCAAUGGGUAAAUAAGAUUGCAUAUCGCGCAGCACUACCCCCUUCGCAACAAUUAACGGGGUAUCAGAGUCAGAUGAGAGCACCAUUGGAGCCCACACCUGAACAGCCGAUUAGUGGUAGCGAACGAAGUACGCCCACCAAUUUCGAAUCUCGCUUAAACUCCUCAAUCGGUAGCGUCAGCCCGACACCAACUUUGCCCGAGUGUGUCAUUGAGGGCAAUGGUAAUUGUUGGACGACAACAACUACCUAUAACCCCGGAAGCGUUCAGGACAGGAUACAAAUGUUCCAACAGCAGCAACAAGAGGAUGACUACAGUCGCCCAGCGUUCAGCAACCUUCCGCCUAAAGAGCCUGUGUAUGGGAACGUAGGUGCUGCUUUCAGUGACGAAGACCACGAACGCAACCCCAACCCCAACCUAAGUCGCACAACAUCUUUGCCCACAGGAAUAAACCCUACGGAGAGUCUGCGGUCACAUUCCUCCUCGACACUUCGAUCCGAAAGGGCUGAGUCAGCCAUAUCGACCGAUUCACAAGGAUCGCAUAGGGAUUCAAGACGACGAAUCGGGAUGUUUGGCAGUUUCUUCCGCAGACAUCAUAACAGCCAUAACAUCAACAGUAAUAGUAACAACAACAGCAGCAACAGCAGCAGCAACAACAACAACAACAAUAACAACAACAGUUCCCAUUAAAACCACGUCGUUCGGCAUACGACGGCGUGGUACUCAGCUAAUAAUGCACGUAGACGCAGCAGUAUAACGCUGUUCCAGAAGCACAAGACGUUACUUCGCUUCGUAAAACGCACCCAAGGAGGACAUUUUUUAGGGCGAUGUAACAUAAUUGCCGUGCGGUAUAUUAGCGAAACGACGGCAAACACGACUUGGAAGUAAACGAUCGAGUCACUAUGCAAAUGGAAUGAGGACAAAUGGCGAAAAAAUAGCAUUCUCUCAAUAGCAGGACGCCACUUUUAGAAGCAAUUAGGUUAUAGUAUAGAAUGUCACUAAAUCUGUAACGUUCGUCGAUUUCAGGCUAAGAGAGAAUGAGCUAUUUUGGCCUACCAUUAAAAUGAUAUAUAUUCGAACCAGCUGUUAUGCAGCACUAGGAUAAUACGAUAGCUUUAGGUAAUAUAGCGCGGACGUUUUGAUAGAAGCGAGGCCGAUUAUACGAGAGAUAUCUGCACCCGUUUUAUAAUCAGAAGAGGGUAAAUAUCAUCUUCUAAUUUACAUUAAACCUAGCUUGGACAAGCUGAUGGUGAUUAAGUAGAUAAGAGACUCCGUACAUUUGUUUUUUGCACAUCUCUUUAACAUUGUCUUAUCCGUUAAAUAGGUAACACACUUUUACAGAUGAACUGCUUUUAAAUUUUUAUUUGAUUCAUACUUGAGUAUGGAAUAGAAUAUUUACAUCGAGUAACAAAUACUAUUUACACACAGGAUAACUGACAUACGUUAUGUUACACGCGAUUUUUUGGCAAGCGUCGGAUACUAUAAAUAGGCAGACGGUAUUAAAUAAAGUCACUGUUGCGCUGAUAUGAUAAUAAAGAUAACGAACUGGAUAGGAAUCGUAUGUCUGCUCGUUUCGCAGAUUUCCCGUUUGUAUGAUUGCUACGUUAUUAACUAACGCACGACAGAACAACAACAAUAACAACGCAGUUUGCAGACGACGUCAGACUCGUCGGUGUUGAGGUUCAAAGGCUGAAUGAUUUCGUAGAAUAGAGGUUAUGAGAUAUAAUCGUGACGGCCUCAGAACACUGUCGAAUACAUAAAUAUUAUAUAUAUAUAUAUACGGGCCACCUAUGCUGGGUAAUCACACGUAACGCCGUCGUUAGGAUAGGAGAAAAAACACUGCAGUAGCAGAGAAAAACAAGAGCACACUAAUCAGUAACAAAGAAAAGUGUGUAUUAACGGCAAACAUUAAUCGAAAUAUGCCCAGUAUUCUUAUGAAGAAGCACAACUAUAAUAGCAGAGCUAUACAUGAGAUAGCUUGCAAAUGCGUAACAUGUCUGUGAGUGAAUUAUCGAAUUCGAUAAAUAAAAAAAGCUGUUAUUAUUAAGUGA